AUGUCGACGCCGAGUCGCAAGUUUGUCCCCAAGAUUCCCUCCCCCAUCUCCUCACCGUCAGUCGCCCUCUCGUCGUCCAAGAUGUCGGACGGGCUGGCGGGAGAUCCAUUGCACUCUGCCCUCCUCAUCCGAGUCAAGCGCAGGAGGGAGGAGGAGCCGCUCGAUGCUCUGCUGGUCGCGGAGCCUCCGAGCAAGCGGCAGUCCAUCCUCACGGAGAUGGGAGCGCUUUCCCUGUCCUCCCAUGCUGCAGACUCGAAAGAGGCGCAGGGGGCAAGCAAUGGAGAGGAGCGGCCCGCAGAGUCUCCCAUGCUCUUCCGGCUCGUCCAGAGCGUCUCCAACUCGUCGACGUGCGAGCCGCACGUGCGGGACAACACGGUGAACGAGUCGCUAGACAGCUCGGCGCUGAAUGCGGAGAAAGUCAGAGAGAUCAUCCGGCGAAUGUCCGACAAGAAGUCAACCCCCAGGGCUGGAAUCCUGAGGAAGCGGGAGGACUGGCAGAGAUCAGAUGGCAUGUCGGCCGACGACUCGUUGGAGCGAAGGAAGGGAAAGCACUUGCAUGGCACCAAGGUUGCCCGAUCCUGCAUGGUCGAUGCGAGCAGGCAGAGUGUCUUUGAUGUGCAAGAAGACAGCAUGCCGCGUGUUCGGAUCGUGGACGUUGCAGUUGAGGCGGACAAGGACGGGUUGCUCUCAGCGAAGAAGAAGAAGCCAGAGAUCUUUGACGAUGCCAACGCGUCCGUGGACUUCGACCAUGGGUUCCACUCCUUCAGGAGCGACGGCGAGCUCGCCUGCAACGGAGAGGUGAUCGAACGCGAAGUUUUCUCCCCGGCGCAGCGUCCCAGGACGGAGGAGGGUGAAGACUCGGAGUUCGUCUACGACUACUACUGGAUGGACCCGGCCAGCGCGUCAAACUUCAGCCCACUCUCGAGGAUCGGAAGGAUCAACCUGGACGUGAGCGAGCUGUGGGACGAUGACCUGCUGGACUGCGGCGGUGAGGACCCCACCUUCCUGUAUGAAUCUGAAGACUCGAACGCGGAGGACAACCCCCGCAACGACUACCCCGACGAGGAGGAGAGCGACUUCGACGAGGAGAACCUGUCGGACGAUGACUUCGAUCGAUCCUCCCUCGGCGGGCUGUAUGAGAAGCGCCUCAGGAGGGACAUGGUGAACGACCUCUCCGAUGACGACUUGGACCUCUACGAUGACCAGGAGGCCUUCAAGGCCUCUUCCAGCAGGUUUGCCUAUGACAUGAGCGAAGACUCGGACGAGUGA